AUGAGGACUUGUAGCAUAAAUUCAUUUUGUCAGUCGCCUUCUGCAGAUGUAGUAGAAGCUUCUUUUGAAAUUGCUCAUAUGAUUGCGAAGCAGAAAAAACCGCACAGUAUAGGGGAGACAUUGAUAAAACCGAGUAUUUUGAAAGCUGCUAGUCUUGUUUUGGGAGAGGCGAGCAGUAAGAAACUUGCAAAGAUUUCUCUUUCGGAUUCUACAAUUAAAACAAGAAUUGAUGAGAUUGCACACGACAUUGAACUUCAGGUUAUCGAAAAAAUAAAGCUGUCGCCAUUUUUCGCCAUACAAUGUGACGAAACUACUGAUGUUGCCAACUUGUGUCAGUUGUUGGUAUAUGUCCGUUUUGUAGGAUCAAGUUCAAUUGAAGAAGACAUGCUCCUUUGCAAACCUCUCGAGACGACCUCUAAAGCUGAAGAUGUAUUCAAACUUGUUGCUGAAUUUUUUGAAAAUAAUGAAUUGAAAUGGGAUAAACUUGUAGGUGUCUGCACUGACGGUGCGCCGGCUAUGAUAGGAUCUCGUAGUGAAUUUAUUGCCAGAAUAAAACAAAAAAAUUCCGACGUUAUUGGAUCGCACUGUGUCAUCCAUCGAGACGCUUUGGCUUCUAAGACUCUCUCUACUUCGAUGAAAGAUAAGCUUGCGAUAAUAAUACGAACCGUCAACUACAUUAAAACUAGUGCCGUCAAUACACGAAUGUUUGCCAAAUUCUGUAAAGAUAUGGAUUGUAAUUACGAGAAUCUGCUUUUCCAUACAAAUGUUCGGUGGCUAUCGAAAGGAAACAUGUUAGCACGUGUGUAUGAGAUGAGGAAUGAGCUUACGCUAUUUCUGGAAGCUCAGGAAAAAUACGAUCUUCUCCUUUAUUUCAAAUCAGAUGAAUUUGUGCUGGUCAUGGCCUACCUUGUGGACAUUUUUGAAUCUCUGAAUAAAUUAAAUCUACUAUUACAAGGCAGAGAAACUAAUCGAAUAACUGACUACGGUUUCAUUCGUGCUUACAUAGCGAAGCUUGAAUUAUGGUAUCGCCGAGCUCAACAAGGAAACGCGGCCUCAUUCCCCAAUCUCGAUACUGCUCUUGACGAAAAACAAAUCAAGCUUGAUGGUGAUUUCAAGAGCGAUAUUGUGUCCCACCUACGUCUUUUAAAAGAAGAAUUUGAACGCUAUUUUCCAGAUUUGAAUGACACAGAACUUCCAGAAUGGAAACUUACAAGAGAUCCAUUUCGUGUCGAUGAAGACAUUCUUCCAAGCAACUUGCAAGAAGAAUUUUUGGAUAUGAAAUUUGAUUCAUCUGCAAAAGACGACUUUGAAGCCAUGCCGCUAACCGACUUCUGGGCAAAAUAUGUACGCAUAUAUAAGAGAGUAGGUAGCGUAGCAAUACGCACUCUGCUUCCGUUUUCAUCUACCUACCUUUGUGAAAGCGGGUUUUCUACUCUGGUGAAUAUAAAGACAAAACAACGGAAUAAACUUCAAUGUGAAUCAGAUAUGAGAUGUGCGUUAUCUGCUACAGUUCCUCGAAUUAAAUUACUUGUUUCGCAAAAACAGAUUCACCCCUCUCAUUGA